AGGAGAGAGAUCGUGGCUGGCCAAGUGAGGGGAGCCACGCGGCCUUCCGUCCUUUGUGCGGGCAUCCGACAAACUCCACUCCCACUCAUCCCAGCCUCAGUGUGGCCAUCAGCUGCGGCUGGAUACCUUCCUGGGCAUACCUUCUCUGGUUUCAAGGUGGGGAGAUGGAGGGCUAGGCAGUGUCCCAGUACCACUGGGUGAAGUGGGCAAAGCCAGGCCCUGACUUCGGUGGCUGACAUUCUGACAGAGAACUGUGCAGACAAGUGGAAGACAGGCCACAGGCACCUUCUCUGAAGUCCCCACUCUUUUCCAAGUCUGGGAAAUGGGACAGUACCACCAAUGUCUCAGAGUAGCUUUCACCAAGUGUGUGAAGUAGUCACCAACUUUAAAAGAAGCUGCCAAACUACAAAGUGCCUUGCACAUGCCAAGGGCCAUACCCAUCUCUGUUCUGGUCCUAUCCCUCACUCCAGCCCCAAGGGCAGCCUUUGUGACAGCCAGCUGCACCGGGAAGCUUGGUCUCAGAACCUUCCAUGCCUAGAGGUUUCAACCCUGCAGGCCCUGCAUCUCCCCAGGUGACCACGACGACGGCCUCAGGUCAUGCACGGACACAGCCGCAACGGGCAGGCCCACGUGCCCAGGCGGAAACGCCGCAACCGCUUCGUCAAGAAGAACGGCCAGUGCAACGUGUACUUCGCCAACCUGAGCAACAAGUCCCAGCGCUACAUGGCGGACAUCUUCACGACGUGCGUGGACACGCGCUGGCGCUACAUGCUCAUGAUCUUCUCCGCGGCCUUCCUCGUUUCCUGGCUCUUUUUCGGCCUCCUUUUCUGGUGCAUUGCCUUUUUCCACGGUGACCUGGAGCCUAGUCCCUCCGGGCCCACGGCGGGAGGCCCGGGGGGCAAUGGCGGCGGGGCAGCCCCGACAGCGGCCAAACCGUGUAUCAUGCAUGUAAACGGCUUUUUGGGAGCCUUCCUCUUCUCGGUGGAGACACAGACGACCAUCGGUUAUGGGUUCCGGUGUGUGACAGAGGAGUGCCCGUUGGCGGUCAUCGCAGUGGUUGUCCAGUCCAUUGUGGGCUGUGUCAUCGACUCCUUCAUGAUUGGUACUAUCAUGGCCAAGAUGGCACGGCCCAAGAAGCGGGCGCAGACCCUGCUGUUCAGCCACCACGCUGUCAUCUCCGUGCGGGACGGCAAGCUCUGCCUGAUGUGGCGCGUGGGCAACCUGCGCAAGAGCCACAUCGUGGAGGCCCACGUCCGGGCCCAGCUCAUCAAGCCCUACAUGACACAGGAGGGUGAGUACCUGCCACUGGACCAGCGGGACCUCAACGUGGGCUAUGACAUUGGCCUGGACCGCAUCUUCUUGGUGUCACCCAUCAUCAUAGUGCAUGAGAUUGAUGAGGACAGUCCACUCUACGGCAUGGGCAAGGAGGAACUGGAGUCGGAGGACUUUGAGAUUGUGGUCAUCCUGGAGGGCAUGGUAGAGGCCACGGCUAUGACCACACAGGCCCGCAGCUCCUACCUGGCCAGUGAGAUCCUGUGGGGCCACCGGUUCGAGCCUGUGGUCUUCGAGGAGAAGAGUCACUACAAGGUGGACUACUCACGGUUCCACAAGACCUACGAGGUGGCUGGCACCCCUUGCUGCUCUGCCCGUGAGCUUCAAGAGAGCAAGAUCACGGUGCUGCCCGCCCCACCGCCCCCUCCCAGUGCCUUCUGCUAUGAGAACGAGUUGGCCCUCAUGAGCCAGGAGGAAGAAGAAAUGGAAGAGGAGGCUGCUGCCGCAGCAGCCGUGGCUGCCGGCCUGGGCCUGGAGGCUGGCUCCAAAGAGGAGACAGGCAUUAUCCGGAUGCUUGAGUUUGGCAGCCACCUGGAUCUGGAGCGCAUGCAAGCCGCUACCCUUCCUCUGGACAACAUUUCUUACCGCAGGGAGUCUGCCAUCUGACCUCCAGGCCCUGCCCUCCUCUAUCCCUGCAAGAGCCUCUGCCAGGGGUGGGACAUCAGGACAAGCCUUCCACUCUUAGGACAGAGUUGUUCAUGGCUCUGUGGACCUGGAGGAAUGUGGGGGCUUCAAAGACUGGGAGAUCCCCUCCUGUUGACUGCAGGGCCCAGGACUGGGAAGGACCCAGGUACUCAGUCCUGAUGGCCUGGGCCCCCUGGCAUCUCCCCACGGUGGCUCUGGGCCCCCAGAUCUUCCACCCUUUUCCCACUGACCCUUCAAGGAUGUACCCCUUCUACUCUCAGGACCUUGGGGAAGGCGGCUGGACUGCUGGGGGGUGGGCAUCAUGGGGUUCUGGGUGGGCAGGGUGGGUCUGGGGGAGGGGGAAGGGUGUGUUUCUUUUGCAUGACUGUGGUCUGUGCUCUUGACUCUCUUUUGUAAAUAUCUAUAAAUGGAAGAGAUGGAGACACAAGUCCACCUCUGCCCAUUUCUACCUGUGAGACAGAGAGAGGCCGCCACCCCUCUCUGUGCACCCCCGUCCAGCCUCAGCCCUACCCACCUACCCAGCUGGCUGGGCCUCUGAGACCUUUGAAGCCAGCUGUGUAUGGUGUUGGUUUGGGUAGAGAGGGGACUCAGACGUGGGAUGAGUACCCCCUCCCUCCUUGCAGUCCCCAGAUUGAUGAUGGCGUUUGUAACUAUUUUUAAUAAAGCAUAUGGUCCACUA